AUGGAUACAACUGCAGUCGCGACCACGCCCUCAAUAGUCGCCUCUAUUGCAACAUCGACCUCGGAUUCGUCCUCACUGUCAUCCAUUCCGACCGAUCUCGCUCCAUACAAUUUGCCCCGACCACCCACACCACCCAUAAACGGAGAAGCACCCAAGCCAUUCCAGUGCCACCUAAGCGAUGCCCCGGAGCGUCCCUAUCAAUGCCCUGUCUGCCCUAAAUCCUUCUACCGUCUCGAGCACUCCAAUCGACACAUUCGUACUCACACAGGCGAAAAGGCUCACGCUUGUAAAUUUCCAGGCUGCACGAAACGGUUCUCAAGGAGCGACGAGCUCACGCGACACUCGCGCAUUCACACCGGACCCAAGGGGCUGCGAGUCUCGAUGAAAGCUCAGGCUCAGGCACAGGCUCAAGUCCAAGUUCAAAACCAGGCCCCUAGUUCGGAGAAGCCCCCAAGAAACGACGCUCCUAUCUCUCCCGUUCCCGACGGAACAAUCCCUUCAACAGCACCUUCCACCGUCUCGGUCGUCAAUGCUCCCACUCUUCCUUCCCCAGCCAACCCACCGGCCCUUGUAAAUACCUUUGUCUCCACUAUUCCCUCCACAUCAACACCAGCUCCUCCCAACACAACAGAGCCGUUCUCACUCCCAAUCCAACCACCUUCUCAAUCCCAAGCACUCUCUUCAGGAAUGACCCCAUCCGUUGCAGGCCCCACAUCCCUCGCUCCCGUCCACCAAACUUUAUCAUCUGUGCCUGGCGCACAACCAAGCGAGCUGUCCACAUCAGCGAUGCAAAACAGCCGAGUACCAAAUAUAGAUACAGGGGUACCUGUCGGGUCCACUGGAAGCGGCGUCAACAACACCAGUGUACCGAGCAAACCAGAUGGACGGCAAGACCCACCUUCUGACCAUCAGGACGAGAACGACGACCCAACCGACGAGAUGGCGGCAAAACCGAAAAAAUCUCACCACUGCCCAUGGCCCAACUGCCACAAGACUUUCACACGCUCCGCCCAUCUGGCCCGUCAUGUCCGCUCUCAUGGAGGUGAACGUCCCUACGCUUGUCCUCAGGAAGGCUGUGGGAAACAUUUUUCUCGAUCAGAUGUCCUCAAGGAGCACAUCAGGAUCCACGACGUCAACAAGGUCCGGAAACGCAAGGCAAAACCACUGCAGGAGCAACCAAAGGCUCCCAAGAAAACCAAGGCGCAGUCGAACUACACAGAGUCACGGUCACCGUCGGUCAUGUCUUCAGUCGAUCACCAAUCAGUCCCUCCCCCAGACUCUAUCGGACCUUCGCAAGCUGACAGACAGAUGCAGCCACCAUCCUACCCACCCAACUACCACCCCCGCCUGUCACACCAGAAUCAGUACCCAUACCAGCAACACAGGAAUCCCAAUGCUCACCAUCAAAGGAUGCCUCAACACCAACAGCCACCACGGCCUUACAGUGCGCCAUAUGCCUACGAUACUUAUUCGAUGCCACCACCCAAUCAACCGUCGUCGUUUUACAUUCCAUUACACGAUAUUGGCGAGGAUGAGCUCGAUAUGGCUAUGGACUUUGACAUGGACUUUGGACUGGAUCCACAAGGACGACCCUGGCCUACUGUGUCUCCUGGGUUCUCACCUCCCAACCCCUUUGGCGGUUCGCACCGACACCGGAUGGAUUCCAUGGCGUCUGUUUCGAGCGAUUUUUCGGCAAUGAACGAUCCCAACCAUUUGCACCCCAGGAACGCCUACAUGCACAUGGACCUCAUGGCGCCAAACUCCCUUGAUGAUUCCUACCAGUUCGACGAGAAUGCGCUCAUGGCGCCAGUGUUCGACAACCCCCCCUAUGGUGUCUACCCAUCCCAGUCUCUGCAUCAGACACCGACAAGACCACUGGGUACGCAACAUCCACCCCAGGGAUAUCCUCAACAGCAGCACAAGCAUCAACAGCAGCAACAACAAAUUCAACAACAGCAGCAACAACAACAGGCAUCGCACCAGCAGCCCCAACAACAGGUGAGAGACAGGGAACUUUCCAUGGCCGCCCCAUCCAACUACUCGCUCUCACCAACACUGGCUGACGCCGCGGUCCCUACACUUACGCCUUUGGCACCCACGCCAGGUUCCAUGGCAUUGGGAGAUUGUGCGGCAGCAGCAGUGAUGCAGCUAAACCCAGGCGAUAUUCCCAUUGGGUCUCUCGACGAGCUGGAUGCGAUCGAGGCGGACCUUCUUUUUGCUCAAAAGGACUGGGGCUCGAUCCCGGACGAAUACCAAGAACCACCUUUUGGAUUCUUCCCAGGCGAAUCCCCGCGACUGGCACUGUCGUACGUGCCACCACCUCCACUACCCACCCCACCUCCAAGACGUCACCUCGGUAUCCCACAGGUUUCGAACAAGAGCGUUGUCACCACCCUUUCUUUGUAUCCUUAG